AAACAAACCUGGUGAGCAUUCAAGAUGAAGAUUGUACUCCUUUUGUUUUUUUCAUUAGAGAUCCCUCGUCUGAAAGGGCAGCAGAGGAUUGAGGAGUUUGAACACGUUCUGCUCAGCUUCGCCUUCCCUUCACUUUACAACAGUUACAACAAGUCGUGUUGUAAACUGUACCCAGGAGGAUGUUACAAGCUGAUGGACAGUGCAGGAUUUACCUGCGAUUUACUGAAAGGAAGAGUGACGAAGACUGAGAAAAACGGCUUGAUAGAGUUUAAGAUAUCCAAUGUGCGGAUUGUGGAUGGAGGAUUUUAUCGAUGUAUUGUACUAGGAACUGAAAACCACAUCUACACAGAUUACUAUAUCGAGAUAUCUGAGGCUUCAGGACAUCACAGCCAGUCUCAUCCUUCACUGACAACAACAAUCAAAGCACCAAACACCUCCACAACACUUCCAGGAUCCACUGAGCCUGCUGUGGCACAGGACCACAGUGACAGUCCCAGAGUCCCCUGGAGUUUUAGCCUGGCCCUGGCUGUCAUUGUGUCCAUCACAGGAAUGAUUUUGAUCACUUCAGUUAUUGCUGUAAUUGUCUGCAAGGUGAAGACAAAACAGUCAGACAAAUAUGGACACAGUCAGUGUGAGUCACUGAAACAAGAGGCCUCAGACACGUGUGGCAUCGUCUACACAACGGUGGACUUCAUAGCUCACAAGAAACCAACAGAGGUGUUCGCUAACCCUAGGACGCAUGAAGCACAAUCUGGAGCACCUUAUUCCAUCUGGAGAGCAGAGCAUGAUGGGAUGGUGGAGUACUCCACACUAGCAGUCCAACAUUGUAGAUAGUGUCUUAUUUUGAUGGGACUUUCUUCGAUGUCUCAAAGAGAACUUUGUGAAUUUUAAGCAUACAUGUGAUAUAUUUAGGGUUGGUACCUAUUGGAAAUAACACAAGUCAUUUCUAAUGAAUGCUCUUUGUUGCACUAUGGGAAGUGUAGGAUCCUGCCUUGUUGAAGCUUGAAAAACAUGAUUUGGUCUCUGUUGCUUCUGUUUUAACAGCUUUUGCCUG